CGCUCUCAGAGUGCACGCCGUAGAGCUCGUGUGAUCGACUACUUCGCGCAACUAAGCUAAAUACUGACUAUUGCGUUCGUAAAAUUUCUAUCCAAUUAUACCUGAAAUAAAAUAGUCCUCUGUGAAGCAUUUCGCCGAGAGGGCCGGAAUACAAGGAACCGCUCGUCCACAAUGUCUGAAGCUCCAGUGAACCCUAAGGCCUACCCGCUGGCUGACGCCACGCUGACCAAAACCAUCCUGGACCUGGUGCAGCAAGCCUCCAACUACAAGCAGCUGAGGAAGGGGGCCAAUGAAGCUACAAAGACUCUGAACCGAGGCAUCGCUGAGUUCAUCGUGAUGGCUGCUGACGCUGAGCCUUUGGAGAUCAUCCUUCACCUGCCGCUCCUCUGUGAGGACAAGAAUGUCCCAUAUGUGUUUGUCCGCUCCAAGCAGGCUCUUGGACGGGCCUGUGGGGUCUCGCGCCCCGUCAUCGCUACCUCUGUUACCAUUAAGGAGGGCUCUCAGCUGAAACCACAGAUCCAGUCUGUGCAGAUGGCCAUUGAAAGACUUCUGGUGUAAAUAUUUUUGCGCUGUUGUGACAGCGUGGUGUAUUGUUUCAUUACAUAUUUUGUCAUGCUUGUUUUGUUUUUGUUCUAAAUGACAUUGGUUUAG